AUGGGAGGAGCUUUCUCGGACAGCGACAACAGCGAGUACCCCGUCGCCACGGUAGAUCGACGCGAGACUUUCCUCGGCUUGCCAGACGUCAGUAUCCCUUCUUUCGACCGGGACCAAGGUACCAAAGAUGUUAUGCAGCAGAUUGUGCGCUCUGCAAGCAAGCGGCCGCCAGCCGUCAACGACACUCCGCCAUCGGCUAUUGCCAGCGCCUUAGUGAAGGAUACUACGACCUCUUACCGGAUAUGCGACAGCGCAAAGUUCUUCGGCCCUUCGGCAAGUGCCUUUGCAAUCCCCUGGCCGGGAGCGACUCCUUCACCGGGAGCGACUCCUUCACCGGAAACGGUUCCUUCACCGGAAACGGUUCCUUCACCGGAAAUGGCCCCUUUGCCCAAACGCCGAACGGAAUCCGUACAUGGCAAUGACUGCGGGGACGACGAGGUUGGGCUGAAUGCUCUCGCGCCCGCUGUUUCACCAAUGUUUGGCAGCCCGUACCCGAGAAAGAAGAAGAAGAAAGCGUACUUGCCCCAGAGAGAUUCAGCUGUAGACUUUAUGAAGACAAUCGCUAGCGAGUCCACCUCGAGUGACUUCGUGAUCUCGUCUUCUGGGUCCUCGAGCGUACACCUUACGAUGACAGCUGCAGACCUUCUUGACACGGCCCACCUAGACGCUACAACCCCUGGUCUGGUUGUAGAACGUUCCGGAGGCUCGUACUCGACAAGCACUCAGUUGAGUGGGAUAUCUCUAAUGAACAUCCCCAAGCCAUAUAGGCCGAUCGGAGGUGCAAGAGACGAGUCCGCGCGAUUCGGAUUGAGUACAGGAAACGGUUUGUCGAGAAGUGACCAGCCGGAGGGGGAUAGUGGUUUGCCGGUGACGAAGUCCGUUGCGUCAACAGCGACCAAGUCUUCGGAGAGGAAUACAGAAGGUCUCGCCCGGUACUCACUCGUGAGUGAUGACGAGGCUUUGAGUUCCCACUCGAGAGCUUCGACCGAGAACGGUAUUGACGAGAACGGUAUUGACGAGAACGGUAUUGACGAGAACGGUAUUGACGAGGAGGAUCAUGUUCCGGAUGAGGGUUCCAUCACCGGGAAGGUUUCGACCCAUAGUCGAGCUUCUGUUGCUGUCGGGGGGUUACAGGCAAAUGCUUCUGGAGACGCUGAGGACCAAGAAGAGGACUGGGAAGAGUCUGUCGGUGAGGAGGGUAUUGCUCGUAGCUCGGAGGUUGAAAUGUUGAUAGCCCAAAAACGAAAGUUUCAAGUAGUUAAGGGCUUUACUGUCAUGAUUAACGGUCACCAAUUAGAGCUUGAGCGAAAGGGAGAGAAUCGGAUUUUUGGUCGGUAUGACAUAUCCUCUCAUUUCGCAGGUGAGUACAGUAUUACUAAGCACGUCCUAGAUCGACCUCCGUUCUCGUCAGCACAGUUUUCGUUGAUCCCAGAUCUUGUGGAAGUGGAAUCCAGGGCGUGCGUUUUGUUUGUCUUCGGUAGACAAGUACCCUACAUUAUUGCAUUUCCCACCAAGCAAGCUUUAAUGGAUUUCAAUCAGCGACUACAACUAUUCUUAGGAUAG